UGCCGUGAAAUUGCAGUGAGUCUGAAGAACUUCCUUAUUGUCAUAGUCUAUUUGUGAACCUGGCCGUUUGUGAACCCGGCGUAUAUACAUCAGUUAAUUUUCACGAGUAUUUUUUGUUCACAUAAUUAAAAUGCUACUCACCGCUUGGUCGAGUAGGGUCAAGCUAAUUUCACGAUGUUCGUUUGCGUUUGUCGCUGCCCGAAGGUGUUCAACUGGCAGUACGGUUGUUAACCCAGUCGUCUACUUUGACAUUGCUGCCGACAAUGAAUACAUAGGAAAAGUAAUCUUCGAGCUUAAUGCUGAUGUGGUGCCGAAAACUGCAGAGAACUUCAGAGCACUGUGUACUGGAGAGCAUGGCUUUGGCUACAAGGGAUCCAUUUUCCACAGGAUCAUCCCUGGAUUUAUGUGCCAGGGGGGAGACUUCACAAAUCAUAAUGGAAUUGGAGGGAUGUCAAUCUAUGGACCCCAAUUUGAAGAUGAGAACUUCAUCCUUAAGCACACUGGACCAGGCAUCCUGUCAAUGGCCAACGCUGGGCCCAACACAAAUGGAUCUCAGUUUUUGAUCUGCACAGAGAAGAAUGAGUGGCUGGAUGGCAAGCAUGUCGUGUUUGGCAGUGUGAAGAAAGGCCUGGAUGUAGUCAGGAGAGUCGAACAAUUUGGGUCCCGCUUUGGGCAUCCCUAUAAGAGGAUCACCAUCACAGACUGUGGCGAGCUUAAUUAGCCUUCAAGGUUCCUUUUGGUUGGGCAAUUGGUGCGAGACUGGAGGAAAGCAUACAUGCACCUGCAUGAACCUGAACAAAAAUACACUUAUGCCUUUAAAGGCCAAACUGGUGUUGAGGUAGUUGUUGAGCCAGCCGGGAACAAGCCUGGCCCCUUGUAGAGAAUUUACUGGCAGUGCACUCAGGUUCCCAAAGGCUCUGUUGGGUCUCUGAGUCAGUGGAUGUUCAGAUCUCUUUUCAGCCCGUAUUGCUCCUGGCUCGAUCAACCUCACUGGAGACCUCCUUGCAUUGUUGGCACACCACUCCUGUGCUGAACCGGAGGGUGUUUGGUAGGACCCUAACCCCCAAGCGGUCUCUUUUUCGAGUUUUGCCUUUCUGUCUUGUCUUUUGGGUAGCCUGCCUUGGGCCUCCUCAGCAGUGUGAUGGUACUUUCCCCUAGUGUUGCAUCGAGAAACCCAAAGUGAACUCUGGAUUAUGAAUUUAACCUUGGUUCCCUGAGGGAGAGGUUCUGGUCGAGUUGCGGUAAAGGUGGGCCUGAAUCACUGUGGUCAUGUGUGAGGCAGGGCUCCCUGUUGGCUCAUGAACUGUUUUGCCUUAAAAAGCUUGAUUACACUUCUGACCAUGUGCGUGUAUAUACGCAUUCCCCUAGAGUUGCACUUUAUUUCCUUCUUCAGGGAAGCAGGGAUAUAUUCAUAUCUUUAACAUACUUGCCACAAAUGGCUGUCUAUUCCCCUUUAGAAUGAACUACUUUCAACUAUAGGAAGCUGGUCAAAAGUCGGCAUUGAACUUGGACAGAAGUAUGGAGCAGGCAUUAUGUUCUUCAACCCUUUAAUGUGAUUUCAGUGUGAAAUAUUCAAUGGUCUGCUGUAGCCUGCAAUUUAUAGUUUUCAAUCACGUGGUUGCUCUGACAGCGUGGCGGGCAAAACAUUGUUAAAACAUGGCGGCUACCACCGGCAAUUCUAUGGCGCUAGCGCACAAACCAGUCAAAUGUUCUGCUUUUACAGCCCAUGAGUGUUUAGAUCACCUCACAAAACAUGAUAAACUAAGGUAUAUAAACAAACUGCAAGUCCUAGGCACUUGUGACCCGAAUACAGCACACACUGCGUUAUUUACAUCGUUAAAAAUAGCGACAUCUCCGCCGGGGGUAAACUUGGAUGUGUACAUAUACUGUACCUUGUGGAGAGUCCAUCCACUAACAUUGUUACCAAAAUGAAAGCAUACAAAUGUACAGACAGCUAUCUGUACAUUCGAUCAGGGUGGGUGAAGAAAUUCUUCAUUGUCAAACUCAAGUUUGAGUGCCGUUUUAACUAAAUGACAGUUGGUUCUAUGGGUGGUCAGUGUAGCGUAGUGCAGCCAGUAUAACCCAACAUUGUGACAAAUGUACCGGUAAUAAUACACACGUUUCCCAAUGUCAGGUAAACCAUUCCUACUGUUUAAAUGACCCAACAUUGACAGCCUGGGUUGGAUUGCUGCGAUUUUCUCCUGUAUUAACUGCUAUAUGUUUAUCACGAGAGGUUUAGCAGCGUCACUAACGUUAGCUAGACUAUUGGAGUUGGUUGCAUUCAGUGCAGUUGUAUGCAGACCAUGUCAUUCAUUAUAAUGAUUACAUGUAGAUAUGAUUGCAAAUGCAAUAUAUAUCCGGUUAGCACAUCCAAUGGAACUGCUAAGUAUAACUAGUAAAGAUUGUCGAUGGUGGGCAAUGGAAAGAGACUUUGUUUUGCCAUAUAAAAAGUCGGCGUUCCCAUAUGCCGUGACAUCACGUGAAAACUAUCAAUGGAUCUAUUGUUUAAAAAGUUGUGCAUAGGUUGUGUUUAGUUUGAUUGUCAAAAAUCACAUUAUUGACAUGAUUAGGAAUGGGCUAUUUGCAAUGACAAUAGUGUACUCUGCCUUUGGAUAAGUAUUCAGAACCCUUCAUCUUCUACAAAUGUAAUUUUGUUUUAGACUUAAUUUAUAAUUGAUCUAACACAUUUUUGUUUUGCCAUGAAGCUACAUACAAAACCUGUGAAAACAUGUUUUUAGUUAUUUUUUUAAGAUGAAAAACAGAAAUAUGACGUAUGUAUGUUUUUAUAUUUUGCCAUGACACUUCAAAUGGAGCACAUUUGUAUCCUGUCCUUUGAUCAUCCUUGAUAUGUUUCUAGAACUUGACUGGUGUCCACCUAUUGCAAUUCAAUUCAUUGCACAGAAUUGAAAAGGGCACAAAAUUGUCAAAAUGGGGUCUUGUUUCUCAGUGCAAAACCCAAGCCAUAAAUCUGAGUCACAAUAGGCCUCUGAGUUAGCAUUGUGUUUAGGCUUAAAUAUAGGGAAUGUUGUCAAGUUGAUAUAGAAUUGAAAGAUCACCGGAGCACAGUGGGCUCCAUCAUUGUGGAAUACGUUUGGAACCACCAACACUCUUCUUAGAGCUGGUCGGUCCAGCCAAACUAAGUAACCAGGCAAUAAGGGGUGAACCAUCUCCGCAGCUCUCCAUCAAUCAGGCCUUUAUGAUAGAGUAGCUAGACAGAAGUAAAAGACAUGACAUGCCGCCUGAAGUUCUGUAAGAUUUAGGAAAAAGGUUCUCUGAUCUGAUGAGACCAAUUACAAACUAUUAGGUCUGAAUGCUGAGUGCUACGUCUGGCCAAAUCAAGGUCUACAAGGAAGAAUAGGCAUGUUAGAGGCAAGAAAACCCAAAUGUGUGGUCCUUGCCAAAGGCGCUUUUAGAAAGUCUCAAUAUUUGUUUACAUAGCAUUUCAGUUUUAAAUUUUCAUGAAAUUGGGACACGUUUAAAAAAAUCUGUCUUUCACAUUUGCUCAAGAAGAGUGAAUGUCUCUUACUGAGUGACUGACUGAAUGCUCCUUGUUAAAUAGCUUAGUGGUUAGAGAUGCGGACUGCCAUGCAGGCGAUUGGUGUUCAAGCCUUGCCACAGACAAAACCAAUAAUGUAUUAGGAUUUGUUCACGAUAGACAAAAACGAAAUUGCCUACAACCUUCAGUAGCUAAGUUACAGUAAGCAUAUAAUAAACUGUUUAUGGUUAUAUUGCGACUAUUUCUG